CCCAUGGCGGGCAGCGAUGUGGCGAGUGAAGGGCCAUCGCCGAGAGGCGGCGCGACCCGGAGACCCGGGGCCACCGGCGGGCUGCGUAGCCAAGAGGCUGCCAGCUGCCCUGAGCCGCUGUCCGCUGCUGAAGCUCCGGUCGAGCGUGGAGCGCUGCCCGCCUGGAUGCGCCUCUACUUCUACGGGAUGCAUGGCAUCACCCUGGACGUGCUGGUGUCCUCUGCCAGGCGCUUCGCCCGCAGCCUGGAUCUGCGGAUGCUGGGCUUCUCUUCGCCCUACCGCUGCCUCCUGCACUCGCUCACCCACUUCGCCCUGGAGCAACUCUACCUGCAGCGGCCGCGCUGCCCCAGCUCCUUCCUCUUCAAUUUCCUGCUCUACCCCUCUGCGCACGUCGGGCUGCAGACCCUGGCGGGCCAAGCGCUACGGCUCAGCCUAGGCGGCGGGCCGGGGGGCGCGGCGGCGCCGGGGGUGCUCGACCUGGCGCUGCAGUACGUGCUCGCGCUCUACCACGGCCAAGUGUUCCUGAAGCGCUUCCUGUGUUUGCGGUACCCACGGCGACGCGAGCGGCGAACCAGGGACACGCUACCUGCAGCCCGGGACUCCCAGAUCCUUUGGGAGGCUGGUGGCCAGCGACAUGGAUCCCGUGGGACCGCAAGGGGCACAGAACGAUCUCCUACCCAGGGACUGCCCGACCUCCUCCGCUUCCUUUUCUUCGGAAUGCACGGCUUUCUGGAUGAGAUCUUCUUUACCUUCUUCUUCAAUGUGCUGGGGCAGGGGGACGGGGCCAGCAGUGGUCACACAUCCCUCUGGUCUUUCUUUAUGUAUGGAAGUUGUAGUUUCGUGGUGGAAAAACUCUACUUCCACCUUUACUACAGCCGUGGCUGGGGCACGUGGAAGCGGGUGCCCAUCUAUGUGAUCUUCAUCUAUGCGUGGGAGUUUUCCUGGGGUCUGGGACUUCGUAUGUGCGGGGCCUGUUCCUGGGACUAUUCUCACUAUCCGCUUAAUUUCAUGGGCCUCAUCACCUUGAUGUAUUUACCCGGUUGGCUGUUUCUUAGUGUGUACCAGGACCUGCUGUCCAACGUGUUGUGGCGGGUGCAGUAUGUCCCAACGAACUAAGAUUAGGGGGGGAAAGAGGAAGAAAAGAAAGUAUCAGAAUCUGAAAAAUGAUGCAAUUUAUUUUUACACAUUUUAAAUAAGGUGGUUUUGCUUUCCGUCUUUUAAUUUUUAUACACUUUACUAAACUCUUCCAACAUAUACUUGACAUUUUAGUUGUCUGGACUGCUUGGAAUCUAUAUGUAAAGUUCAAUACUUUGAAAUGUUACUCAAAAAUAACUCAGAAUAUUUACAUCAUCAACAAUUUAAACUUUACGAGGCCAAACAGCAAAACCACUAACCUUAACAUCAGGAACAGGCAGUAUUCACUUGACCUCGAUUUUUCUGUUCUUCUAUAGAGGUUUCCAGACUAGAGAACAGUGACUUCUACAAGUUUCUGACAUAGUGAUCUGUUUACUUUCUUUUCAAUGCAAUUUCAUUUUACCUUCUUGUCAUGUUUGCCAGUGGCGGCUGAAACUCCACUGUCUCGUACUUCAGAAACUUCAGUCCAUAGCUAUAAAGUGCCUCUGUCCAGCAUACAGGUGAGAAGAAGCUGACAAGUGCGCAAAAGGCCGUGAACUCACUUUGACAAGAGGGAGUCCUUUCUGUGAACCCCAACAAGUGAUACUGUGUUGAGGUAUUUGAUCACCAUCUUGGAAAUGAUUGCUUUCCAAUGUUGGCUAGCCUUAAAAAUGAUGCAUGGUAACAUUAAUCAGACCAUGGUGUUAUCGAAACUUUUGUAACUGUGCAAUAAUUUUACUAUUUACCCUAUAUGUCCCAAGACCGAGUGAAAUUAGACCACCUCCAAGAGUGUUCUCACUCCAAGGACCCUUUUUCUACACAGUCUCAAAUAUAAAAACAAUACUUUGGAAUAAAAUGAAUCUGAGUUCUCCCUCUAAUUAUAUCAGGCCUAAUUGGUUUCUCUACUUACUGAUAGGUUUUCUCCAUAUUUCUCCCACAGUUCCCCAGCCCCUUUUCUUUCUCCCAGACCCAGAAUUUGGGGUCAAGCUGAUGCAGUAAUGCACCGUAUAAAUCUAUGAUAGCUUUUUGACAGUUUAUGAUUAAUUAAUGUCUAAAAGCUUCAAAGUUAAAUGAGAUGAUGGAAGUCAUUCUAAGAAAUGAUACCUAAUUGAUUAAUAAUGUACUCUGAGGGUGUUUGUUGUUUUAUUGUAUUCAGAAGAGCAAGUGGGACCGAGUGCAGCUCAGCCAAGGAUGACUAAUAACUCUCAGCUUUCAGUACAAAGAUAAUUAGGAAAACUUAGAACGUUUCUUAAUGAGUUUAAAUCUUCCACUUGCCUGUACUGUUAAAAAAAAAAAAAGGAUGUUUUUUGUGUCGAGAAAAAAAAGUUGCUAUGAAAAUAGAAGAGAAUGUGUAUUUACAUGUGAUGUGAGACACAGUUCUGAUAGUGUUAUAUCCAUCCAUCCCCUGAGCUAAAUUAUAAGUAAUGUUAUAUAGUCAACCGUGCCUGACAUGGGUGAUGGCCAACUAAUUCUUUUCGUCAGGCAGAAGUUAAAAGGCUUUAUGUCUACCAAAGGUUUCUAGUAAGUUUUUUGUUUGUUUUUUAAUGACAGCUCGUCACAAGUCAAAGGUUUCUGAAAAUGCUUGAGGCGGGGAGCUAGGUAGAGACAUUUAUGCUAGAAGCUGGGCAAGGUAUUUGUACUUCAAACAUGACACACAUAUGGGAGUCUGAGUUUAGUGUGUCAGGGCUGCACAUUCCAUAAUCCUGGGAAGACCUAGUCAGGGCCAUGGCUGCUUAAAUGCUUAUUAAAUUAUCCGUACUCGCCUCCUGCAUCUGCUGCUCUCAGAGCCACAGAGGAGCCACUAGACUUCUCUGACUCAGAAAGCCCUGGUGUAGGAACACAAGCGACUUCAGUCUCCUUUUAAUACUACCCCCAUCAAAAGGACAGAGCAAAGUUUUCACUCCUUACACUUGUUUAAGUAAUAGUUCCCACACACUAUCCAGAACCAUGUGGACACAGCAGUGAACCACCAGACAAAUCUCUGUCCUUAUAAAGUUGGCAAUCUACUGUUUUGAUUUAUUUGAAAUUAUUCUCUUGUGCUGUUGUUAUUGUUCAAGAAUGUUGAUUUGGUGGUGGGUGUUGAGUAGCUGGAGUUGUAACUCUCAUCAGUCCUGUCCCAGGAAUAUGACAACCCAUCAUUCCUAAAACUUAACCCAACUAACAGUCCCUCUGCCAGUUCUGCACAAUGCUAGUUGUGUAUUCCAGAAAUGAUUAGCCCGUCUGGUAACUCAGUGUUUGUUUUAGGGCUUCUCAUUUUGUGUUCACCCUACUUCUUAAAGGAGACAUUUUGCUAUGAUCUUCGAACCUUUAGGAAAAGAAAAAAAUCAGAUCAUAUAACUUUGUUACUGUUAGUAGUUUAGAGGUGGAUAUGAUAAGACAGUAUGAUAGUUAAUAUUUAAAAAGCAUUUGCUAUCUGACAAAACUUCCCUAAAGUGUUCAUGUAUAUAUAUUAUAUAGAUAUCAAAUUAAGAACACAUUCUUAUAUACUAUGCCUUAAGUGAAUAUACAGUAUAUAUUUUAAGUACAUAUUCAUAUAUGUGUAUAUAUUCACUUAAACUUGUAACAACCCUGCUUUUAUAGAUGAAGGCAAUAAAAACUGAAGCCCAAAUAGAUUCAAUAACUACCCAAAAUACAUAGCUUUUGAGCACUUGUAUUUGAAUUAAUGGAUGCUGGACUCCUCGCUCUGUUUUUAACAGCAGCUUGACUGUGCCUCAGUCUAACGGCCUCAGCUAUGUAGACCUUACCCAGACUAUGCGUCCCUUGACUGUUAGAGAUGCACAGACAACUGCAUAGAAGGCAGACAUUGUUUGCAAAAAGGCUCAUGUUGCUUUUUUAUUAUAUGGUACCUAACAAAUUAAUGUCAGCAUAAAUAACUGACAUUCAGCCUUCUUUUACAUUUAAAUAUAAUGCCUUCAUAUUUAAUCAGUGCUCUGAAGGGAAGCUCAUCUUAUAAGCUAAAAUUAUCCACAACAUAAAAAGUGUAAAACUAAUAUGCUAAUAUGCAAAGUAGGUCAUAUCACAAGGUAUGAAUAGACAUAAAAUUGAUCACUGUUAUAUAUUAAAUAUUGUACGUAAAGCAGAGAUCAUUGUAAGAACUAAACAUUCAAAGUAAGAAAAUGUUUAACCAGCUGUGGUGGUACGCAACUAUAAUCCUAGUACAGAAGAUCUUGCGGCAGAAGGAUUGCAGAUUUGAGGUUACUCUAGGGCAUAUGAUGAUAUCCUGUCUUUUAAAAGGACCUAUUUUUACAAAAACAUUUAUUCUGAAUUCUACCGAGAAUAUACACUCUUAAAGGGAAAACAUAAAAGUAACAAGUGUGCUUAAUAUAUAUGAUGUUGAGAUUUUCUUUUUAGAAGUACUUGAAAUUUUAAAUCAAUUCUAUUGAUUUCUGUGAAUCUAAAGAGGAAUAUAAGCUCUUGAAUUUUCAUGUCAACAAUAAAUACAGAAGUCCAGAUAUCAAAGAAACUCUCCAAUAAAGUUGCUAACACAUUGCAUUACGUUAAGCAUUUCCAUUAUUCCGUGUACUUUAUUCUGUUGCUUUUUAAUAAUUGACAGUUCACACUGCAACUUGACAAGACACAGAGUUUGGAAAGAUAUGCCCUGUUUUGUUGGCUAAUUCUAACUUCUAACAAAAAAAAAAUUAUAAAGGAAUUUUUAUUACUUUGAAAUAGUCUCAGUCAGCUUGGGAGCCCUGUUUCUGUUUCAGAAGGAAGGAAGUGGCUUUUGUGGACGGGUCUGUCUCAUCUUCCACUCUCAAGGUUCAUCAAACAUCUGCAUGUCUAUUCUGAAGCUAGGGUGCAUUCAUCAAAUACUUAGUACCGAGGAGCAAUGAAAUAUCUGCCACUGUAAUAAAGCCGGGGUUGCCAUAUAUCCAAAGACAUUGUAACUCUUUACCUUUUCAAUUAAUUUAGAGUCCAUGAUAGUGCUUACUAGAGGUAAGCCUUUUCUUUACCUAAGGGAAGUAAAUAAAUAAAUAAUAAAUAAAUAAAUGAAUAAACAAACAAACAUUGUCCCUUCGCUUCCCUUCAUAGGACACAUGAACACCUACUUUGUGGUGUCAUGAGAGGUGGCAGUCAGAGGAGGUUCUGUUGUGUUGCCAGGACUUUUGUUUUCUUCUAGUAGAGUUGCUUGCAGAGGAAGGAACAAAAGUGGUGAUUGUCUGUGUAUCUAAUGGAACCUAUUCAUUAGAGCCGGCUUCAUUCAGCUUCUCACACCAUAGCAGCAGGCCAUCACUCAGGGGGUUAAUUCCAGUCACAAGCAACCCAGAUUGCCAAACACUCUAUGGUGUGUGGAGAGGGAGAGGCUGCUGGUAAAAACAAGUUUCUCAUAAAGUACGAAAAAUAUAAAUAUGGAUAAUAUUUGUCUUAAUUUCAAUGUAUGUUUACUAUGAUUAAGAAGAUUUAAACUUUGAAAAAAAAAAACUAUGCCCCUUAAAGCAUUGGGCCUUUUACACAAAGUCCAUUCUCUACCCAUAAAAGAAACAGGCUUCCGAAACAUUAGG